UGGAGAUUGUGGGGCGAGCGCUCAGACAAGAUCAUGCUCGAUGUGAGUAUAAGAAGGAGGGCAGACAGCGCGAUGGAAAAGACACCGGCCCAUUCAAUCUCCUCUGCCCGGACAUCACAACAAGGUUGCCAAAAUGCGUGUCUCUGGCCUUAUCUCAUUUGCGCUUGCAUCUGCAGCACUCGCUUCACCUAUCGAGGAACGCGACUACGGGGUCACUCCAUCCAAGCGACCAGAUCACCGCAUCGCUCCUCACCACCCGGGCAAGCCAUUCCCUGUUUCGCCUGCGCGCACAAAGACCUGCACGGUCAAAGCCGGUGGUAAUGGCAAAGACGACUCCAAAAACAUUUUAAAGGCUAUCAAGAAGUGCAAUAAUGGUGGUCACGUUGUCUUCCCCAAGGACAAGAACUACACUAUCGGCACUGCUCUUGAUCUUACUUUCCUCAAGCACAUCGAUCUUGAUAUCCAAGGAACUAUCAAGUUCACCAAUGACACCGACUACUGGCAGAAGAACGCGUUCUACCAUACAUUCCAGAACGCCACCACUUUCUUCCAGAUCGGUGGCGAAGAUGUCAAGGUCUAUGGUGGUGGAACCCUUGACGGUAACGGUCAAGUCUGGUACGACCUCUACGCCAAGAACAUCUACAUUCUGCGUCCUAUUCUCUUCGGUGUCAUCGGCCUAAAGGGCGGCUCUAUCGAGGACCUGAAGCUCCGCUACAGCCCACAGUGGUACAACCUGAUCGCCAACUCGACCGACGUUGUUUAUUCGAACAUUGACAUCUUCGGCGGCAGCACGAGCUCGAACGUUGCCAAAAACACUGACGGUUGGGAUACGUACCGCAGCAGCAACAUCGUGAUCCAGAACUCAAACAUUGACAACGGCGACGACUGCGUCUCCUUCAAGCCUAACUCUACCGACAUCGUUGUUCAGAACCUUAGCUGCAACGGCUCCCACGGCAUCUCUGUCGGCUCGCUUGGCCAAUACGUCGGCGAGGUCGACAUCGUCAAGAACAUCUACGUAGCCAACGUCACCAUGUCCAACGCCUCGGACGGCGCCCGCAUUAAGGUCUGGCCUGGCGCAGCAUCCGCACUCUCCGGCGACUUGCAGGGCGGAGGUGGCUCUGGUGAAGUCAAGAACAUCACCUACGAUGGCAUGACUGUUUACAACGUCGACUACGCGAUCGAGAUUACCCAGUGCUACGGCCAGAAGAACAUUACGCUGUGCAACCAGUUCCCAUCCAAAUUGACGAUCAGCGACGUCACAAUCAAGAACUUCAAGGGCACCACGAGCAAGAAGUACGACCCGCUUGUUGGUUACUUGCAGUGCUCGAGCCCGACCGUGUGCAGUAACAUCAAUCUCAGCAAUAUUGAUGUCAAGUCACCUUCCGGCACUGACCUCUUCAGCUGUGGUAGCAUCAACGGGGUUGAGAACCAGGUGCACUGCAGCGGUGGUAAUGGCACCAAGGGUGGCAACUCGUAGAUUAGCUGUAUGAAUAUGCAGUACGACUAAUGAACUCGUUAUGAAGUG